UUUCUGGGCGAAGUUUGCAACGGGCGCGAUUUUUCAAAAUGGAGCCCCGCAAGGGAGUUUCUCCCCGACCCCCAUAGUGGGGAAGGACAGGCCUCUGGACCGACAACCGUACCGACAAGGACGCAGACUAGGCGGUCAUGCGAUAGCGGUAACGGAUUACACGAAGGAGUGAGAGCAUCGCCUUCACCAUGGCGACCUGCAUCGGCGAGAAGAUUGAGGAUUUCAAGGUGGGGAACCUUUUAGGCAAGGGUUCCUUUGCAGGUGUAUACAGAGCUGUAUCCUUGAAAACUGGUCUUGAAGUGGCUAUUAAAAUGAUCGACAAAAAAGCUAUGCACAAAGCUGGUAUGGUACAAAGGGUACAAAAUGAGGUGAAGAUUCAUUGUCAACUAAAACAUCCCUCCAUACUUGAGUUGUAUAACUACUUUGAAGAUAGUAACUAUGUGUAUUUGAUACUUGAGAUGUGCCAUAAUGGAGAAAUGAGCAGAUAUUUAAAAAAUAGGAAGAAUCACUUUUCUGAAGAAGAAGUUCGGAACUUCAUGCAUCAAAUUAUUACAGGGAUGUUAUAUCUGCAUUCCCAUGGAAUACUCCAUCGGGAUCUUACACUCUCUAAUCUCUUACUCACCAACCAUAUGAAUAUCAAGAUAGCUGAUUUUGGACUUGCAACACAACUGAAAAUGCCUCACGAAAAGCAUUAUACAAUGUGUGGGACUCCUAAUUAUAUUUCUCCAGAAAUAGCUACAAGAAGUGCACAUGGGCUUGAGUCUGAUGUCUGGUCUUUAGGAUGCAUGUUCUUUACACUUCUGACUGGAAAGCCACCUUUUGAUACUGAUACAGUAAAGAAUACUCUGAGCAAAGUUGUACUAGCAGAUUAUGAAAUGCCAGCGUUUUUGUCAAGAGAGGCUCAGGAUCUCAUUCAUCAGUUACUUCGAAAAAACCCGGCAGAUCGUUUAAGCCUUUCAUCUGUAUUGGAUCAUCCUUUUAUGUCCAGUGGUAGGUCAGUAAGAAGUAAAGAUUUAGGAAACGUAGAAGACUCAAUGGAUAGUGGAAAUGCCACAAUUUCUAUCGCUUCCACUGCUUCUCCCAGUGUCAGUACAAGUGGCUGCUUAAAAGAAAAGAAAAGACUUUUAAUCGAGCAUCCACUUCCCAACAAAAUGACAGUUUUUCCUAAACACAAAAGUACUAACAAUGUGGCAAUUGGUUGUGGAAGCCCACACGACAAUCAGGGACUUCCAAUAAAUGAAGUUGUCAAUAUUGGAAGGGGAAGAACAAUGCAGCUAAUUGAAGAAAGACCUCAUUCACGCUAUCUCAGGAGGGCCCACUCGUCUGAAAGAUCAGGCACAUCUCAUAGUCAAAAUUCAGAAAUAUUAAGUCAAGUGGAAAGAUGCCAGUCCUUGGAAAUCCUCCCAAAACCAAGACAUGGACAAAAAGAAAAUACAAAAGAUUUUUCUCCUGCAAAUUGUUAUUGUGACUUCCCAAUUGUAUUUAAGGAGGACUUUCCCACUAACUGUGACUCAGUGGAAAAACAUUUUUCACCACCUACAAAACAACAGCCUUGUUCAGAUUUUCCCUGUACAAUGAAGGCUGACAAUGCUUUCUUAGAAUUGAAGACUCAAACUGAAACAAUGCAGCAAUGGCUUGGAAAUAUACAGCUUGGUGUUCAGGUAUCAGAACCUUCAUAUAAAAUAAAUGGGGAUUGUCAGUUCUAUCUUGGUAUGCCUCAAGAGGCUCUAAAGACAGCGAGAAAUAGUUCACAACAUAAAAAUUAUCCUGAUUCUGCACCAACUGUGGGACCACAAGAAUUAAGAAAAUAUACAGCUAGACUUCCAAGUAAAUCUGAAAAGGCCCUGCUAGCACCUGCAUUUGGUCUCCAUCUUAUGUCUGAAAUCAAAAACAGAGACAAAGCAUCACAGUAUGGACACCCAAAACCUCUCCUGCGAAAUAUCAUAUCUCCUCUGAGUGCUCAUAGACUGAAACCAAUAAGGCAGAAAACAAAAAAUGCUGUGGUGAGUAUUCUAGAUACAGGAGAAGUGUGUAUGGAAUUUCUAAAGGAAUAUAAUUCACAGGAGUUUGUAAAAGAAGUACUAAAGAUUUCUCCUGAUGGAAAUGAGGUCACAGUUUACCAUCCAAAUGAAGGUAUAGGUGUUCCUCUUAAUGACAGACCUCCGGUAUCUCCUGAGCACCUAAAUGUAUAUAGCUUUGAUAACUUGCCAGAGAAGUACUGGAAAAAGUAUCAAUAUGCUGCCAAAUUUGUGCAGUUGGUAAGAUCCAAAACACCCAAAGUCACCUUCUAUUCAAGAUAUGCCAAGUGCAUGUUGAUGGAAAAUUUGGCUCCUGCAGAUGUGGAAAUUUGUUUUUAUGAUGGGGCGAAAAUACACAAAGCAGCAGGAGCAAUACGAAUAAUUGAAAAAUCUGGAAAAGCUUAUACAAUAAGAGAAGAAAAUGAAAUUUUACAGAAGGAUAUACAAAUAUAUGUGCAUCAUGCAAAUGAGGCUCAUCGCAUUUGCCUUGCACUAGAAACUGCCAUUCUGGCAGAAGAAAAAAGUGAAAGUAUUCCAUUUUUCCCCAUUAUUGUUGGUCGUAAACCAGGAAAUCCUGAAUCUCCAAAAGCUUUAUCAAGUACAGCCCCAUCUUUGAUGAGUGCAGCUUUGAAAAGAGAUGUUCCCAAAUCUGAAUCUUCAACUCAAGCAUCUAAUAUUAACCUAUCUAUGUGUUAUGAAGGAUCUGCAUUCACAGAAGCUACAUCUGAAUCAAAGAGCUCUUCCGGUAGUUCCAGUGACUGUGUUCCACAUUCAGCACAAUUGCUAAAGUCUGUCUUUGUAAAGAAUGUUGGCUGGGCUUCUCAGUUCACAAGUGGGGCAGUAUGGGUUCAAUUUAAUGAUGGAUCCCAAUUGGUUGCUCAGGCUGGCGUUUCCUCUAUUACAUACACAUCCCCAGCUGGUGACACAGUUAGGUAUAGAGAAGAUGAGAAACUUCCAGAAUUCAUCAAAGAAAAGUUGCACUGUCUAUCUUCCAUUCUGGUAAUGUUUACCAAUCCAGUUGGCCCCCACUGACAAAACGAUGUAUGACAAAUUUAAAUAACUAGUAGACUUUCCUCAAAAAACCCAAACUGGUUUUUCCUGACUGGAAGUAAUGUAUAAGUGUUCUACUUUUAAAACAUUAAAGAAAAAUUACUUGCAUUUCAUGUAAUUUAUAGAAAAUCCUGUAACCAUCUUGGUUUUCCCUCCACAAAUGUAUAUAUGUGCAUGUUCUGUUUCCGCAGCUCUCAAGAAAAAAACACCUCUGCUAUUGCAAUAUAUGCCUGUAAAUAUUUUGUAUUUUAUGCUAUUUUCAGAUAUGAAAAGUAUUGUUUUAUGAUUGUUUUAUAUUUUUGUAACUUUUUAAUGAAAUAUCCCUGCAAAAGUGUUAAAAAAUAAAUGCAGUGAUAAUUUA